UUACUAUUGAUCUGUUUCAUGAGUACAGCCCAUGCAUAGUACUCGGUUAUCCUCCACUGACAACCCUGGUUUAGACUCUGUGAGAUAAUGUGCAAGAGAUUAAAGAUGCAAGGAGUUGAGCCCUUGGACAAUGCUUGCUGAUGUUUCUCAUGAACCUGUAGGCCAUGACAUCUCUCACAACACCAACAGUUGGCAAAAUGGUUUAGAUGGUAGUGUGGGGGGCAGUGGUGGCAGUAGCACUGGGGGGAUGACAACGAUGUCUCGCUGUCCAGAUGCACCGCCCAGUCCUGAACCUGCUACCAAUGCCCCCUAUACCCCUGCAUCGUCUUGCUUCCUAACACUCAGUCGUAGUUGCAUAGGGGCAAGUGCAAAUGAAAAUGUGACUGUCAGAUGGAAUUUGCUACAAGAUCAAGCUGCUCCGACUGAUUGGCUUGGGCUCUAUGUAGCGGGUGAGAGCAAUCCUGAGCAGUGUGUGGAUCAGCGAAGGAGUAAUGGUGAAUCACAAGGGGAACUAUGCUGGACCAUCGAUGUUCCUACAGUCUUGCCCAGAAAUGUAGGCAGUGUGGUAAUCCGUUACCAUAGUGGGGAGGAGAGUGGUAAUGUGUGUCUGGGAUCAUCUGCGGUGCUACGUGUUGUAAGAUUGAGUGAUGGGUCUGCCUCUGACUCCUCAGAAGACGAGACUCUUCAUCCAUCCUUGACUUUACAACGCUGUCUUUCCUGCACAAGACUCAUCCGUUUCACACUUUCAAAUAUUUCUGCUCAUGGACUUCGGAGAGGCAUAUUCUUCCAACCUGACCCGUAUGUGAAGCUGCGCAUUCUGCCUGGAGAAUCUCAGACCCUUUUACCUCAUCAUGGACAGGAAUCACGCUCGUCUGUGGUGGAAAACACUGUAAACCCUUCGUGGAAGAGACAGGAGUUCACCUUUGUUGCAUACUUACAUGAUGUAUUGGAAGUUGAGCUGAAGGACAAAUUUGCCAAAAGUCGCCCAAUCAUUAGUCGCUUUCUUGGUCGGCUCACCAUCCAAGUAGCGACACUCAAGGAACGAAUUAAAAGUGGAUUAACAGGAGUUAUAGACUUCCCUUUAAGUAGCAAGAGUACAGCAGAUUCUGUGUCUGGCCAUGUUUACUUCACUGUAACCUUCAUCCCUCCGUCAAACACUGCAGGAAAUUGCACAGGCCAUGGUGGAUUGGAGUGCCCAGGGGAGCAGGAUACAAUGCAGCUCAAGAGUAAUGCACUUAUCAACACUCACGGGGAUCAAGAGUUAAUCACUAAUGGCCAUAUGGGAUAUAGGAAAAAUAUCAUGCGGUCAAAUAAUAAUGCCUCUGUGAACAAUGGAAUACGGACAAGUUUGGGGGAUGAAGAAGUGGUUGUUAAUGGUGAUGUGGUACCUGAUGAAGUGAGGGUGAACAAUAGUGAUGAGCGGACAAAUGCCAGUAGUAGAGAGUCUGAUUACUCUCCAAUAUGGAAAUAUUCAUGUAAAGUUCCUAAUGUUACCAGUCAGACAAAUUCAAGUGAAACCAGUGGGGGUGAAGAAGCCAUUUAUGAAACUGUUUACCCAACAGAAGAAUAUCAGAAUCAAGAUGGAGAUCUUGCUGCUGUUAGUGGUGAAGUGAGUGGGGGAUUCAACAGUGAGUCUAGUCAACCAGUAAGUGAUGAAGAUUCCCCACCACCUCUUCCACCAAGAACUAAAUCUCUUUUGAAAUCUCUUGCAGACUCUGGCCAUCGACCACUAGAAAGGUCAAUGGCAGUGCAACUUGGGCUCCCCCCACCAUUUCCCACCGUGGUUAAAAAGCGUCCCAUGCCACUUCCAAUCACUGUAGGAAAUGGUCAGACCAACAUAUUGGUUGCUACAGGUACUCCUGGAAAGGUUUAUAAUGGUGUAAAUGAACCAAGUGUUAGACCAAAGGCUACUCAUCUUAGUGCCAGCUCUCAGUCUAGUUGUGAUAGUGAAAGUAGUGGAACAAGCUUUGGGGAAGCAAAAAGAAUGCAGUAUUCCAUGGAAGGAUCAUUUUCCUAUGAUAUUGUUGAUUUGGAUGAUGUUUUACAAGUUUCUGAAAUGUCGCAUAAUCAAAUUGAUGUAGAUAGUCAGUGCCAAGCAACAGAAUCUUCAACUCAGGGACUUCAUUCAUCUUUGCAAUCAUCUUCUUGUGCUUCCAUGGAAAGUGAACCUUCAGAGGAUAUAAUCAGACCUUCCAUGUUUCAGAAUACUUUGGAUGAAGUUUCUGCCAUUGUAUUAACCACACAGGUAAGUGACUGUGUCAGUGAUGCAGCAGCCUGCAGUACUGUGGCACCACUUGCAACACCAGAACAGGAUUCAAGUCUUCUGCAGGAAACAACUUCCACAGACACUCUACUAGAAAAUUUUGAAGCCUUAGAUCCCGAUUUUAAUGCGAGUUACAGUAGAGAAACGUGCUUAAUGAAAGCUCUUGAAAAUGUCAAUAGUGAUAGUGACAAUGUUGCCUGUGAUGGUGAUGCAUCUUGUGUUACAAGCUUUAAUUCUUAUGGACAUUCUUUUCCUGAAGCAUUAAAUAACCAAAGUGAUUCUCUGUCUAGUCCAGUUAAUGUAACAGAUGAAUGUGAUAUGUUAUUCAGUGCUCAAGAAAGUGAAAGCACAGCACAAGAAGAUAUUGCAAGUGAAAUUGCAAACCAGACCGGUAUAUGUACAGAAACUGUAAAUAAUAAUGAUGAACUAAGUGAAGAAGAGUCUAGAAUGGCUGUUAACUGCCUUACUCCAAAACCAGAGACACUACACUCAGAGAGCCUUGAUCAGGAAGGAAUAGCCAUGCUUAGAGUAACAAGAAACGGAUCUGUUUCUGGUCGCUCACCAUCCCCAAGACUAAGCGAUUCUCUCCAGGUCUCGAGCUCUACCUCUGAAUCCAUCUCACCUGCAGGUGGGUCAAUGACCUGUUCUGUGUCUUCCCAAGCAGGUGAGGAUGGCAGAAGGGGUUCUGAAUCAACUUGCAUGGUCAUUAGUACAGAAAGCUCAUCCUCUAAUUCUGUAUUUGCAAGUCCCACUGCAGAAACCAAUGAUUUGAAUGUUGAGUCAUUGGCAUCUGCAUCGUGCUCUGUGGAUUUAAACAUUACAUCAGAUGCUUCAAAGGAGUCUCAAACUGUAAACCAGGAUUUCCAAGAACUUAGUGUACGACCUCGAAGAGAACAAAUUUCCCAGGGAUCUAAUACAAAUGACGAUGAAGAUAUUCCACCUGCUGUUCCGCCACAUAAACCUCAUCAUCGUCUAUUAAAAGCUUUAGUUCACCCGCCUCUUUGUCCCCCGACCCCGACACAUCAUGCCAAACCCCAACCUCCAGAACGUACAACUAGUGAUAAGAGAGACAAAGAAGUAAGUAACCUGGGAAAGGAAGAAGGUCGUGAGAGAGACGAGAAGCUUGGAUCCUCUCAUCACCCAAAGUUAUCAAGGCAGCCAUCUCUUCGUGAUUGGCUCAGAAGAUACCCAAAGGUUGAGGUUGCUUUUGAUGAACCUCUCCCUUCAAAUGUAGAAGCUCGGAAAGAUAGCCACGGGAGAAUAUUCUUUAUAGAUCAUGUAGCCAAAACAACAUCAUGGGAAUGGCCUCCUCCAAAACCAUUAUCAACCCACCGUCCCUUAUUCUUCGUACCUCAGGUGGAUGAGAAAAGACGAUCUUUAUGUGAGAGUGGCGAGAGUGAAUGCAGUGGAAGUCGAACUAGCAGUCGUGUAGUAACUCCAGAACCCUCCACUCCUACCUCUGCUGCAAUUAUGGUGCCUGGAGGAGCUUGUGCAAGUCCUGAUCAUUGUGAAGAGGGAGCUAUUGGCCCAUCACCACCACCCCCUCCCCCACCACCCCCACCUCCUCCACCAAGCAUGUCACUGCCCCCUUCUAUAAGUGAAAUAACAACUACUACCAAUGGAGGAUCAGGGACAAUUUUAAAUGGCACAAUAGCAGCACCACUAGGCGCAGUUAUGGCAAUGUCCGCAGGAACUGUUUUACCAGCAGCAACGGCAGUAUUGACAGAAUCAAAUGGUGACAGGAGACGGCAGGAAGAUGUCACUGAUGCAGAUGAAGACGAAAAAGCACCGACACCACCACCCCGUCCACAUCACCGUCUUGCUCGUCCCACACCACCACUUCCGCCGCCACUUCCACAACAGUGCCCGCCUACACCCACACACCAUGCUCGACGCCCUCAUCAUUCUAUUGGAAGUGAUCUGGAUGCUGGUGGACACCCAGAGCGUCAUAGUCGCACCAUGCGGUUACCGUCCAUCCCAGAGAGAACCAUCAAAUUUCAGAGAGUUGAAAUCCAACCAGGGGAAGAACCUUUACCUACCAACUGGGAAGCACGAAUCGACAGUCAUGGACGAAUUUUCUACAUUGACCACGUGAACCGUACGACUACAUGGCAACGACCAUCUGGUAACGACACAGCUCAGACACAGAGAAAUCAAUCAACCGAUCAGCUACAGAGACAACAGUUAGAUAGAAGGUACCAAAGCAUCCGCCGAACAAUUACCUCUAGGAGAGUGGAGAUGGAAGACUUCACUCCAACAGGUUCCACUACUCUCUCUUCCUCUACCUCGACCCCAACACUUGCUUCCUCAGCUUCAGUCCCAGCCUUAUCAUCUGCUACGUCUACUUCCACCAAUAAUGUGACAACUCCAACUUCUUCAUCAUCUAGUAUUUCUUCUUGUACCAUGACGUGCUCAUCAUCACCAUCAGUUCAGUCCCCUUCAUCCUCUGCCUCAUGUACCUCUUCUUUCACCCUUGCAACAUCCUCCACCACCCUACCAACACCUUCAACUUCUGCUUUUCAUCCUCCUUCUUCUAACUCUGGUCCGUCGUCAUCAUCUUCCUCUUCUGUGACGAGUGACAGAAUGGAUAUGCUGUUACAGUUACCUGCAGUGAAGUUUCUUACCAGAUCAGACUUCUUCAGUGUUCUGCAUAUGAAUGAUGAGGCCUGCGCAGUGUACGAGAGGAGUGCAUCCCUGCGGCAUAUGAUCUCCAGAGUACGACGUGAUCCAGCAGCCUUCGCACGUUACCAGCACAACCGUGACCUCGUUAAUCUCGUCAAUCAAUUUUCAGAUAAAGAUCGUGACCUGCCUCCGGGUUGGGAAGCUAAAUAUGAUCGUUCGGGGAAGUUAUUCUUCAUUGAUCACUCCAGUAAAACUACAUCAUUCAUGGACCCCAGACUCCCCAUUGAUGCUCCUUUCAUAAAUACCAGCAAGUUAGCCCUGCCCAGUGCCCAUCAUCGCAGAUCGCGCUCUCCAGGAGAGGAUGAUGCUGCUCGGGUUCCCAUUCCCCCGCCACGCCCACCUACCACAAUUGGCAGUGUUUGUGGGGGCAUCGCUGCACACGUCACCCCUAACAUUCCUACUGCCUACAAUGACAAGGUGGUUGCUUGGCUUCGUCAACCAAACAUUAUGGAUAUUUUGUGUGAGAGGCAUAGUGGUCUUCGUACCUCGCCUGCUCUCAGGGACAAAGUCACAGCUAUUAGGGUUGACGGCACCACAGCUCUGGACCGACUCAGUCAUGAUGUUGACCUCACCAUAGUUCUUAGUUUGUUUGAACAUGAGAUCAUGUCUUAUGUACCACCCACGAUUGGUAUAUCUCCUCGUGGCUCCCCACAACCAUCUCCACAAGCCUCACCAGGACUGGCACGGGCAAAUGCUCGAGCACCAGCCCCAUACAGAAGGGACUUUGAGGCAAAGCUCAGGAAUUUUUAUAGAAAACUGGAAGGCAAGGGCUAUGGACAAGGUCCAAGUAAACUCAAGCUCAACAUCCGUCGUGAUCACUUAUUAGAAGAUGCUUUUAAUAAGGUGAUGGGAGCCAGCAAGAAGGACCUUCAGAAGUCUAAAUUAUACAUUACAUUUUAUGGUGAAGAGGGACUUGACUAUGGUGGUCCAUCUCGAGAAUUCUUCUUCCUUCUCUCCAGAGAACUCUUUAAUCCUUACUAUGGCCUCUUCGAAUACUCAGCAAAUGAUACAUACACCGUUCAGAUUUCUCCAAUGUCUGCAUUUGUAGACAAUUACCAUGACUGGUUCAGAUUUUGUGGAAGAGUGUUAGGCCUGGCUCUAGUUCACCAGUAUUUGCUUGAUGCCUUCUUCACCAGACCAUUCUACAAGGGUCUGCUUCGCAGUCCUGUCUCAUUGUCUGAUGUGGAGUCACUUGAUUCUGAGUUUCAUCAGAGUCUCUUAUGGGUGAAAGACAAUGAUAUCACUGAUAUGUUGGAACUCAACUUUUGUGUCACUGAGGAGAUAUGUGGACAUGUGGUUGAGAAGGAUCUAAAACCAGGAGGCAAAAAUAUUGCAGUUACUGAGAGAAAUAAAAAGGAAUAUCUAGAAAGAAUGGUAAGAUGGCGCUUAGAACGAGGAGUAAGUGAGCAGACAGAGAGUAUGGUUCGUGGCUUUUACGAGGUCAUUGAUCCACGGUUGGUUGGAGUGUUUGAUGCAAGAGAAUUAGAGUUGGUCAUUGCUGGCACGCUGGAGAUUGAUGUUACUGACUGGAGAAAGAAUACAGAAUAUAGAUCAGGUUACCAUGAUACUCAUCCUGUGAUUCAGUGGUUUUGGCUAGCCAUUGAACGUUUCGACAAUGAGCGCCGUCUACGAUUAUUGCAGUUUGUUACAGGCACCUCCAGUGUGCCUUAUGAGGGUUUUGCAGCUCUAAGAGGCAGCAAUGGACCUCGUCGAUUUUGCAUUGAGAAGUGGGGCAAGCCAUCUAGUCUACCCAGGGCUCACACAUGUUUCAACCGUCUUGAUCUCCCGCCUUAUCCUUCUCCGGAGAUGUUAUAUGACAAGCUGCUCUUGGCUGUGGAAGAAACAUCAACAUUUGGCAUAGAGUAACCUUGUCAUUCCCAUGUCAUGCAUUGAUAUUUAAAUGAUGUGUUCAUGAAGCUAAUAGUCAUUCAUGAAGUAAAUUGCAAGAAACUUAUUUUUUCCCUGAAAUAUGGUGGGUUGUUAAUAGUGUUAACACAUAUGACUGUUAUCAGGUAUUUGGAGCCUCAAUAACAAUUUUGAAAUGGGUCUCUCAUACUUGUGAAAUAUUGUAACCUAUCAUUAUUUUUCAUAUUGUACAUUAUAAAAUGAUCCAUGCUUAAACCUUCCCAUCUUAUUUAGUCACCACAUUUACUUUACAUUCUUGAAGUCAUACAUCUUGCCAGUGCAGUAUAUAUUCAGUCUUGUAUAUCCAUAUUACAGCUCAUCAAAUAAGGAUAUUAUUCAUAUUUUUUCUUUACUCAAAGUUCAAUAGUCUCAUGGAUUUAUUCAAGUGUGUUUUUUGACAAGCAGCCUCGGGCAUUUUUUUUUCUUCCAUGUACAUUAUAACAGGCUGUGUGUGUGAUCAACAUUCAUAGCUCAUAUAAUUUUUCUAUUUUAAUAAGUCUUUGUUACCUUUGCUCCAUCAUGUGAUAUUCUGAUCUUCAGUAUGUCCAAAAGUUAGUCAAUAUUUAUACAGUACAGUGUAAUUUUUUAAGUUACAAAGAAAGGUCUUACUCUAUUUUCCUAUAAAUGCUUUAACCUUUUAUUUUCCUACACUCAAUGUUUUAUUUUUCUGCACAAAUUUUACAUUUUUUAUAAUGAAUAGCGAUGUUUUCCAGCUCUUCAUUCAUUGUCAUUUAAGAUACAGCCAUGGAUCAAAGAAAUGGCUCAUAUAAAUAUUAGGCAUUACACAGGCCAGUUUUGAAAGUAUUGAUAUUGCACUUAGUAACUAAGAUGAUACUUAUCUAAUAUGAAUACAUGGCAUUGCCUGGAAGAGCCAAUUUUAUGUAAGUGAUAAUAGUAUUGUAAUUUGUAAAUAGUUCAAAAUGAGGGAUUUGAGCUCACAUUCUUUUUGGUAGUUUAAUUUAGGAAAGCUUUCUUGAAUUACUGAUUAGAGUAGAUGGCAACUAGAAAGGGUUCAUAUAUUUCCAUUAUAUAUAUAUAUAUAUAUAUAUGCAUGUACAUAUUGUAUGUGUUUGUAAGAGGUGAAUGAUGAUUAUGGCAAGCAGUGAGACACAAUAGGUCACCAUAUGCACUGUGACACUCAGCAAUAACAAUAAACUGUCCAACAAAUGUUGGAAUUAACUUCAUAGUAGCUUUUGGCUAAUGUUUAAAGUGACUUUUUCUGUCAUAGCAGUUCAUUCAUAAAAUGUGCACAAUAUAGUCAGUUCAUUAUAUACUUUGUUUAAAUAAAUAUAGUUUGAAAAAGAUAUAUUUUGCCAUUUUCUACCGAUUUUAACAUAUAGUAUGUUUCAGCUAACACUGAAAUUGACAUCUGUAAAACCGAAUUCACACACACACAUACACACAAAAUGCAAUCAUAGCAGUAAUUAACAGUUACUGUGUCAUUAAUUUUUAAUGUAGAACAAAUCUAAGAAAUAGAAAUCCUGUGAAGGGUUUUGUUGAUGUAUUGCUUGCAUCAGGCACCUUAUCAUUGUCAAAAGGCCCUUUACACGAUAUACUGUCAUUCAGUCAGUACUUCGUGAAGUUCAAGGUUUGUUUAUACCAUUAAGUGUAUACCUCUUAUGUGGCGCAUAUCUUCCAGUACAGUUUAUGUAAUGUUAAUUUGUGUUAAACUUUGAUAACCAUAUAUGUCUUUCUGUAAUAUAAUGUAUGCCAAGUACAGUACUCAAAGUGUUUUUAGCAUUUUGCUUUAUUAGUGUGAUAUCAAUCUGCAGUUUUAGUUUUACAUUUUUUUAUUUAUACGUAUAAGUAUUCAAGUAUUUACUUCCAUCAGCAGUAAGAUUUUUACUUUUGAAUGUGAUACAUAUUGUAUAUACACAGUUAUUUAGUAUUACUCUUACACAGAACUCUAAUUGUUUUCAUUAUACUUUAUGUAUGGUGUGAUAGUAGUAACCACAUAAAUUGUUCAUGUGAACUUUUCAUUUACAUGGUGUGUUGGUCUACAUGUACCUGCUUUUUGUUCCAGGUUAGACAAACCCUUAUUAUUACUGUUAUUAUUUAUUUCAUUAUGCUUCCAUGUUGGUGUAUUAAUGGGAAACAAUUUGUAAAAUUUACUUUAGGUUUCUAAGGUUCCAUUUUUUUUUUUUUAUAAAGUAAAGAGUCCAUUCAUCUUUAUUGUUAGCAUUGACAGUAUAUUUUUUUCUUUAGGUUUGAUUUGAAGGUGCAUGAAUACUUUAUAUUUUUAAGCUCCAACAAUGGAGAAAAUUAUGUAUGGCAGUGUUUGUGUGACAGAUAAUUAUUAUGCAUGAACAGUAUUCACAACAAAUAUAUUGUUGUAAAAUUAAUCCUCAAAAAACUAAAGAUCUCUUGUAUACACUUUCAUACACAAGGCCAUGACGUGACCACUGUUAUGAUUUAUUUAUUUAUUUUUUUUUUAUGAAACUUUCCAGGUAUUACCAAAGAAUUUUACAUGUUUGCCCUGGAUAAAUAUAUUAUAACAAAGAGUUUGUUUGGCUUGCUAGUACAAUUUAUAUAAUUAAUAAUAACAGCAGACAAGUGUUAUUACUCAUGGUUAAGAUACAGAGAUCAAUUUAUAUGCUUGUAUCUGUAAAGAGAUCUCUCGGAGCUAUAGAAGCAAAUGGUCAGGUUUAUGAAGAUUAGCUGUAUCCAAUAUUAUUCAUAGGAUUAACCUUCCCAGAGAACAGCACCAUAGUUAUCCUUUUAUCACAUGACUGGAUGCUUCAACUCUAUAAGAAAUGGACUUCAGUUAUCUUUUAUCACGUGACUGGAUGCUUCAGUUCUAAAAGAAAGGGACUCCAACAGAAUCCAGUGUUGAUACUGACAAUACCUCAACUUCCUUUGGUCCAGUAGUGUAACUGGAUCAAACUUCAAUUGUCAGUGUCCAUCCUUCAUUAGUCUUUGCUAUUACCAAGACAGCCAGAAAGGUUUGCGAUUGCUCCAUAUUGUUCUGCUUAGUUUCAACAGAAAAUAUAGGGAUUCAGAUCAAUUUAUUUUUCCUUUAUAAUAUUUUAUAAUUUUUUGUUUUGUUUUUCCUAUAGCCAGCAGCCACAUAAUUACUUGACAUUAGGCAAAUCAUCUUAGGCUGAAGUUUUGUAGUUUUAGUAACAAGUGGUUGUUUGGGUUGGUUUGUAGUCAUUCUAUAAACUUACCAAAUCACUGAACUAGUUCCCUAUAGUGUGAGAGAUCCUGGGACACAAAGCCUGCACCACCCAUCAACCUCAAGAAAGGUGUCUGGUGCUUCCUUUAAAUGGUAUAAUUUUGUAAAUUCUUCAAAGGUGCCAAAGCUUUCAUAGUUAAUUAUGGGACAUGAGUUGAGAAUUUUCUUAGGGUUUUUACCCAAAUCUCUCCCAGAGAUCUGAGUUACAUCCCAGUUGUCAGUGUGUUGUAACAUUUGAUUUUGUCUCCGUCAAAGCGACUAGGUAUCACAGCACCUAGGAGAAGAUAAGAGACAAUAUACAGUAUGUAAAUAUUCAGUGAGCUAAAGACUAAAUUUAUUUACAGUACCGGUAUCUAUUUUAGCUCCAUUUUAAAUUAAGAAAUGUAAAUCAUUUAUAAUCUUUCCAAGUUGUUCAUAUCAAUUGGGUAUUCACACAUUAUACAUAGUGUUUAUCACUAAUGGAGAGCCUGAAUAAAAAUACCUGUAGUAUUUCAGUUGCCGCUAAGCUGAGCUGCUGUUUCGCCAUGUGCACUACCUCCUCAUAAUGUUCACCCUAAACGACACCUUUACGUGAAUUUGUGGUGUUUAUACUUGAGUCUACUCUAUAAAUAGUUCGUUAUUAUCUGUUGCUUUAUAUGUUUGGUUUCAUUUGUCUUGAUAUACAGUACAUAAUAAUUAGUGAAAAGAGAAGGAUUUACUUCAAAUCUGAAAGCAUGAAAUUUUUUGUGACUGACAGUAAUGGCUGGAAUUUUGAUCUGUUUUUCCUGUUGGUGUGAACUGUGCCUCAGGAACCAGUGUUAUGAUCAUGAGGGUACUGACUGAACAGAGGAUGAGUGCACCAACUGUCCUUGUACAAAAUAUGUCCUGUGUUAAUGUCAGGUUCCAUCAUUGUCUUUACCACAAUGCCAGACACACCAGUUAUCAUUGCUUUUAAAAUUUGUCAUCGCACCAGUGUACAGUUGUACCCCACUUAACGCGGUCAAUAGAACCCAGAGGGUCCCGUGUUAAGUGAAAUCCGUGUUAAGUGAACAACAGAACAUAUGGGAUUAAUUCCAAUAGAAACCG